AUUUCAUUUUUAUCAUUACUGUCUGUACUACAAAGUCCUCCACUCUCUUCUCAUUUUCUCUCUCUAUAUUUUUUUUUCACUCCUCAAAUUUGAAAAACUGCUUUUUAAUUUCAUCAUUCUCUCUAUAGUUUUUUUUUCCAGUUUUGCUUCGAGCCGGAGUUUUCAGGCCCGCAAAGAUUGGUUGGGUGAAUAAUUUCCCACGUGGGAGACUUGAGAUCGAUGUCCCUCACCAGCAGUCUCUUCAGUCAAAGCUCCUCGCAUUGGGCUUACCUAGUACGCUAUUGCACGUGCUGGAAUUUACACUAAUUGAGAUGGACACAGCCCUCUAUUGCUGAAAAGAGAAACACUGACUAGUAACUGAAAACUUGAAGAGAUGCCAAAGGCAAAGCACCACAUCAGCGAAAGAAUUAAAUCCUUUUUUGGAAGUCAUGUUGAUCAAGAGAAAGAUGAGGAGCUGAAAGGAACAAAAGCAGAAAUUGAAGGCAAAAUUCAGAAGAUCUUGGCUUAUCUUAGAGGAGAAGAUGGCAGAGAUGAGAAAGAACCACUGGUGGAGCUAGUAGAAGAUUUUCAAAAUCACUACCAAUCACUGUAUGCUCGUUACGAUCAUCUCACUGGAAAACUGAGGGAAAAUGCACAUGGAAAACAUGAGAAAGAUAGUUCUUCCUCCAGCUCAGACUCAGAUUCAGAUUACAGUACUAGAAAAAAAGGCAAGAAAAAUGGUAAAAUGGAAUUCGCAGAUGUAACAGAUGGCGUUAAUGAAGAACUGGCAAGCGCAAAUCUAGAAAUAGUUGAAUUGAAGGCUCAGUUAAUGGCUGCGAAAGAAGAAAAGGAGGCCUUGCACUUGGAGCACCAGAGCUCUUUGAGCAAAUUACAAGAAGCAGAAACAACAAUCAGCAGUUUGAAUAGUGAAGGUGAAAGGUUGAAGGAGGAGAAUCUAAAGCUUCUUUUUGAUAAUGCGAAACUCAAAGAGAAUUUGGAGAAAUCUGCAAAAUUAGAAGCUGAAUUAAUGCAGAAGCUGGACGAGAUAACUAGAGAAAGAGAAAGCUUACUUUCGGAGAAAGAAGCCAUGGAAAACAGCAUUUCAGAAGGCAAUAGUACUAUCGAAGAAUUAAGAACCACUGUGGGGCAUUUGAAGGAAGAGAAAGAAAAUCUACUGGUAGAAUUGGAUGCCCUGAAAACCGAACUUCCCUCAGUGAAGGAACAACUAGAUUCUGCUGAAAAAGAAAUAGCUCAGCUAAGUCAAACACAAAAGGCCACAGAGGAGGACAAUUCUUCGCUAUCAUUGAGGAUUUUACAGCUCACAGAGGAGAUAGGACAAGCGCAACAAAAGAUCCAAGACCUUGUGACUGAAGCUGACCAGCUAAAGGGGAUGCUAGAUGAGAAAGAAAAGGAACUCUCUACUCACACUGAGAUACACGAGGCUCACAAAAAUGAAUCAUCAACUCGUUUAAGAGGUAUGGAACUGGAGAUUGAUUCAUUGCAGUCUCAGAGAUCAGAAAUAGAGAAACAGAAGGAAGAUGAGCUCUCCGCAUUGCUGAAGAAACUUGAGGAAAAGGAGGAGGAAUUCACAUCCCAGAUGGAAGCUCUGACAACAAAGAUAAACGAUAUGCAACUUGAAAUUGAAUCCUUACAUGAAGUGAAAGGCAAGCUGGAGGAGCAAAUGGAGCAACAAAGAAACAAGACGUCAGCUGAACUUGAGAACUUAACAAAUAAGGUGAAUGAAAAGGACCAAGAAUUGAAGUCCCUUUGUUGCCAGAAACUUGAUAUGGAAGCAGAAUUGGAGAAGAAAGCACAAGAAAAUGCAGAAUUCUCAAGUGAGAUAGAGAGUCUCAAGCAGGAUAUAGCAAACACAUCUGCAGAUUCACUGAAAAUUCUGGAAGAGAAAGAAAGUUCUCUUUCACAACUGAAGGACCUAGAAGUGGAGCUAAAAUCACUUCAAAAUCUGAAAUGUGAGUUGGAAGAGCAGCUGACAAGCAAAGAUGAGGUGGUUGCUCAGAUGAAAAGCGACAAGGAGAUGAUGCAAGAUAAAAUUUCUGAAAUUGAGAGGGCAUUAACCGAGAGAGAAAGUGAACUAGCAAUUCUGAAGAAGAAAUCUGAAGAUGGAGAAACUGAAUCAUCUGCUCAGAUUGCUGCCUUAAGUUUGCAGGUGAGCAAUCUGCAGGAGCAGUUGGAAAAUUUGCAAGUUCACAAGUCCGAAAUAGAGUCUCAACUUGAGGCAAAAACUGGAGAAACAUCAGAAUACCUCAUCCAGUUGGAAAAUUUGAAGGAGGAAUUAGCAGGGAAGGCAUCAGAUGGACAGAGAAUGCUGGAAGAGAAAGAAGGCCUAGUCGUACAGAUCAGGGAGGAAAACGGAAGUCUCCUAAGCAAAAUAUCUGAACUGGAGAAUGCAUUAGUUGAGAAAGUGGACGAGCAUGGAACCUUGCAAAAGAAGCUAGAGGAUGUGCAGAAUGAAGCUUCUACUCAGAUUGUUGCCUUGACAGAAGAAGUUAAUGAGUUAAGGCAGCAGAUAGAAUUACUGCAGACUGAGAAAAGCCAGCUGGAGUUGGUAACUGACAGAGGUAAGGAAGAAUCCACUGAAAGUUUGGCACAAGCAGAGAAUCAGAUCACAAAAUUAUCACAAAAGAUUGUGGAUCAAGAAAUAAAGCUGAAAGAACAGGAGGAAGCAUUUGGGAAGUUGGUGGAAGAGAAGGACAGUUUAGUGGUACAGGUCAAUGAUCUCCAGGCUGAAGUGAAGUCUCUUUGUGAACAGAAGAGUACAUUGGAAGAAAACAUAAGCAGUGUAAACAAUGAGAACAAUCUGCUGACAGAAGAAAAGGGAAAUCUCCUGAGCAAACUAUCUGAACUGGAGAAUACAUUAGUCGAGAAAGUUGAUGAGCAUGGAGCCUUGCAAAAGAAGUUGGAGGAUGUGCAAAAUGAAGCUUCUACUCAGAUUCUUGCAUUGACAGAAGAAGUUAAUGAGUUAAGGCAGCAGAUAGAAUUACUGCAGACCGAGAAAAGCCAUCUGGAGUUGGUAACUGAAAGAGGUAAACAAGAAAGCACCGAAAGUUUGGCACAAGCAGAAAAUCAGCACACAGAAUUAUCACAAAAGAUUGUGGAUCUGGAAAUAAAGCUGAAAGAGCAGGAGGAAGCACUCGGGAAGUUGGUGGACGAGAAGGACGGUCUAGUGGUACAGGUCAAUGAUCUCCAGGCUGAAGUGAAGUCUCUUUGUGAGCAGAAGAGCACAUUGGAAGAAAACACAAGCAAUACAAGCAAUGAGAACAAUCUGCUGAAGGAGGAAAAGGAAAGUCUCCUCCUCAAAAUAUCUGAACUAGAGAAUGCAUUAGCCGAGAAAGCAGAGGAGCAUCAAGCAUUGCAAAAGAGACUAGAUGAUGUGCAAACUGAUACUUCUGCUCAAAUUGUUGUCUUGACAGAAGAAGCGAACAAGUCGAGGCAGCAGAUAGAAUUACUGCAGACUGAGAAAGACCAGCUAGAAUUGGUAAUUGAAAGAGGUAAACAAGAGUCCACUCAAAGUUUGGCACAAGCAGAGAAUCAGCACACCGAAUUAUCACAGAAGGUAGUGGAUCGGGAAAUGAAGCUGAAAGAGCAUGAGGAAGCGUUUGGAAAGCUGGGCGAGGAGCAAAAACAGCUUGAAGGUUUGCUGCAGGAGUACAAGGAAAAUCUCAAACUUUCAGAAAGGAAGAUUGAAGAGAUAACAGAAGAAUACCAGAAGAAUCUUGAAAGUAAAGAUCAGAAAAUAGACCAACUGGAUGACAAGAUUGAAGAUCUGAAGAGGGAUCUAGAAAUGAAAGGAGAUGAAAUGAGCACACUAUUGGAGAAUGUCCGGAACGCUGAAGUUAAGCUACGAUUAACCAACCAGAAGCUUCGGGUGACUGAGCAGUUGCUGUCUGAGAAAGAAGAGGACCACAUGAAGAAAGAAGAGAAGUUACUGCAACAUCAAAGGCUAAUGGAAGAGAGGAUUGCGACAUUAUCCGAAGUUGUUGCUGCUUACAAGGAAACUCAAGUGAAAAUAAUAGCAGACGUUUCAGAUAAGGUGAAUGACACUCUGAAUGAAAUGGACACAUUCAAUAUGAAGUAUGAGGAAGACACUGGUCACUUGGAGUCCCGCAUUUAUGAAAUAUUGAAUGAGCUUAAGGUUGCUUUGAACUGGAUCAAAGAAGCAGGUGAAGAAAAGAAGCAGCUGAAGAAGGAAAUCGAUACUCUAGUGCAGCAACUGAAAGACGAGAAAGAAUGUACAUCAGUAUUAAAAGAGAAGGUUGAAGAAUUAGCAAAAGCAGAGCAAAGCGAGGUGAAUCAAAGGGGGAGUUUGACAGAAACUGUUCACCAACUUGAAGAAAAGAUAGCUACACUGCAGAAACUGACAGCAGAUAAGGAUGAAAAGAUAGCAGAGUAUGAAAAGAAGAUGAAUGACAAAGAUAAGGGAAUCUUAGACUUGAGUGAGGAAAAAAGGGAGGCGAUACGACAGUUGUGUAUAUGGAUUGAUUACCACCAGAGUCGAUAUGAUGGUCUUAUAGAGAUGAUCUCAAAGACUAGGGGAAGAAGGCAAGUAACUGCUUGAAAUUCCUUCGCAAAUGGUACAUCAUUUUUGUUAUGCUUUCCUGGUUACAUUAGUUUUGUUCUUUUGGUUUUUGGAGUGAUUGGUCGUUUCUUUCAGAAGGUAAAUGAUACUAUUUCUGGUCGUUAGUUUUUGGAUGCUGUCGUCUGUAAGCAUCUUAGUUUCUUUAAUAUGCCCUUUUUAGGCUGUAUAGGCAAGUAAUGCUACUAUUUUUUCAGUUGAACUUCAUUCAUUGAAUAUAUCAAUUAGCAUAAUCAUAAUCUUGUGAGUAUUCAUUGGAAUAAAUCUUUCCCGAAUAUUACAUACA